GGAAGCUUUUGUUCGUCGCGAAGGCUUUCCGGAGAGAACAAUAAGAUGCCGCUCAUUUUGCAUCUAAGUAUAAAGGCUGGAAUAUGGCAAGCACCCCAUGCACUUUAUUUCUUGUCCUGUAUCUCUUUUUCUUCUCCUUCUCUCCUAGUCUUCAAGUCCAUUCAGUCCGGUGCUGGGUCACCUUAUCAUUCGUUUCCAGCCUUGCCUCCUUGCAUUCCUUCAAAUAACGCAAUACUAAAGAGAGCACUCAAUGGCACCUGUAAAGACUUACAUCUUCUUCGCCCUCAACGCUGCCCGUGUAUUGAGCAUCGUGUCACUUCUUCUCGUCUUCGCUAGCAGCAUCUUUGUCAUGGUCACUGAUAUCGAAGCUGUGAACUCCUAUGAGUCCAAGCAGAGUAGCAACACUACCAACGUGGACCUCGUUAACUGCGAUUACAUUGAGAACAGCACUGUUCCCAAUCAACUAGGCGGCGUCUUCUGGGCCAUCGUCAACCGCCUCCUUAUCAUCUUCCAAGUUAUAAUCCUCAUCAUGUCUGAAGUUGGCUGGCCUAUGCCGCUCUUUGAUCGUUUCUUCCCCGUUCUCGGCUCCAAUUUCGGUUUGGGUGCCCUUGGUAUUUUCCAGGGAUUCAUGGGCGCCGCGGUUCUCUCUCAGCAUGUGGAUGACUUCACCUUCGUCGCCGCGUUUUUCCUCUUUGUCGUAGCCUGCUUAAAUAUGCUCCUGGGUCUCAUCUUUCGGGAGUCAGUAAAGGAGAAGCGGAUAGUCCUUCCCUCGCAUCUGCCACCUGCCGCGGACCUCAACCGCUCCACGACCUGCACGUCGGCGCAGUCUUAUGCUUCGACCACUGUUUGCGAUGAGAAACGCGAUAUGAGUGAGUUUGGUGCCGCCCGUGGCCGUGCUGGAUAUGGCUUCGGGCGUCAGGGUGAAAAAGCAGCAGGAAUGAAAGGUUUCCUGAUCUCAAAGCCAUUGGAGACCCUGCCCCGCUACGCUGCUCGUCCCACAAGCGCGCCAUCGACGUCCUCGCGUUCUUCAACGCCUCAGCCACACUUCAACUCUAGCGAUACUGCUAUAUGAGAUUAUGACCAUUUGGACCACUCGCAGACACUGUAGAUGUGUACUACAUACUGAUCCGGUCGAACUUCUAGCCAGCCCUUCGUUCAUUUACUUAUGUUAGAAGGCACUUUUUAUUUGUAUGUGUAGCUUUAGUCUCGCUGUCAACUGUGUUUUAUUGACGAAACUGCAAAAUUGCGUUCGCACUUUC